AUGGUCAAGGAACCGAGCUUCGACAUACCCGUCAUCUUCUUCCCGGUAUGUAGGUCUGCCGACAAGAAGUUGCCGACCAUCGUCCUGGGUAAUGGCUACGAUGGCUCAAUAGAAGAAAUGCACCACCAGUAUCGCGCCGGAAUUCUAGAGCGUGGUUGGAAUGUGCUAUGCUACGACGCCCCAAGACAGAUCUGUGCACGCCGUUAUCAAGGAAUCGGUUUCACCCACGAGUGGGAAACAGUCGUCUCCCCUUUUCUGGACUUCCUGGAAACUCUACCAAUCGUCAAUAUGAAUAUCGAUGGAUUAUACAAUCUUAUGGGUAUCCCCGUCUUCGAUGCCGAGAAGGGCCUGGCUCGAUACUCGGGAUUCCAGGACUUUGCUGCAGCAGAGAAAGUCUUCACGGACAGCUCGCUGGCCCCUGUCUCAUGGUUUAUGGGCUUUCAAAGUUCGGACCCCGGCAGAUUUGAGCAGGAGAUCAUCAAGAACUAG